GGCUGGGCGGUUCCCCCGCGCCGAUGCGAUGGCUGCCUUGGAGCGGGUGAAGGUGUUGGUGCUGGGCGACUCAGGUGUGGGGAAAUCAUCACUUGUUCACCUGUUGUGUCACAAUCAAAUGUUGGGAAAUCCAUCUUGGACUGUGGGCUGCUCUGUCGAUGUCCGAAUUCAUGACUACAAGGAAGGAACUCCUGAAGAGAAGAUUUAUUAUAUUGAAUUAUGGGAUGUUGGUGGCUCCGUGGGCAGUGCUAGUAGCAUGAAAAGCACACGUGUUAUGUUCUACAACUCAGUUAAUGGCAUAAUUUUAGUACAUGACUUAACCAACAAGAAAUCCUCCCAGAACUUGUAUCGAUGGUCUUUGGAAGUUCUCAACAGAGAUGUGGCUCCAUCUGCGGUCCUGGUGACAAAUGGGGAUUAUGACCGUGAGCAGUUUGCUGAUAACCAGAUACCGCUGCUUGUUAUAGGGACCAAAUUGGACCAGAUCCCAGAGAUGAAGCGCAAUGAUGUCUUGACCCGAACUGCUUUCCUUGCUGAGGAUUUCAGUGCCGAAGAAAUUAAUCUGGACUGCACCAGUCCUCGAUACCUGGCUGCAGGCUCCUCCAAUGCUGUCAAGCUCAGUCGAUUCUUUGAUAAGGUCAUAGAAAAGAGAUACUUCUUACGAGAUGGUAACCAGAUUCCUAACUUCGUGGAAAGAAAGAGACUUGGAGGUGCCUCGGUAAGGAGCCUUCACUACGACUGACUCAUCGCUUUGCCAUCCAGAGAUUGUGGGAAACGCUUUUACUGCAACAUUCCUGCUAAGCAAAAUUAGGUCCUUUAGCACAUAAAUGAACAAGACUCUUCACAUACAAGUUCUUGUGAAUAUGUGUAGAAGCGUUUCUUCCUGGAACUCUUUGGAAAGAAUCUGAGAUCUUUUGGAUAUAAUACAAUUAAUUCACUGUAUGUUGAUCUUCACUGUAGCAUGUGCUAUCUCAUGACAAAAUGUUUUUCAUGCAUCUUAAAGAAUUUAAGAACCCAUUUAUAAGCCCAGAAUGGUGAUUCUAACUAGCACUUUAAAAAUAAUUCAGGAAUCAAAGAUUUAUAAACAAUUAAAAUAGUAGCAUUCCAGUUUACAAAGCAGUAUUCCACCUGAUGCUAUACCACUGACCCAAUCUAUUGUACCUCUGCUUAGAAAAAUCUAUGAGCAAUAAAGCAUUAAGGAAAUUGGAAGAGAUUUGAAAAAAUAAUGUUGAAACUAAAUGACAUUGCUUAGUACUUUAAAAAAUAAAACCAUAUUGAUGUUUAAUAUUUAAAGGGGACAAGGGAUGCAAAAAAGUAAAGGUUCUACCAUUAUAAACCUCAGAAUAAAAAUUAUUUCUCUUGAGCUAAUAACCUGAAUCUUGACAUCCAUGAUCUACAUGAUGAGGUCUACAAUUGUGCAAAAUUUCAAACCAAUCUGGUACAAAUUGCCACAGGUAGAGCAUGUUAAAAAGUGCUGAAAAUGGACAUGUUUUGUCUUUUUAGUCCAAGCUGCAGCUUGGCAUAUCAUUUUUGAGGAGAUAUUUUCAGAUAGGCUUGUUGAGAUUUGUCUUUCAUUUGAUUUGGUAAUGUUUUGGGAAAUAAAGAAGGCCGAUAGAAAAUCCUCUUCCGAGCAUUUCCCUUCAUUUCAUCACAGCAAAAUCCUUUUAUUCCUGCAAUUUUAGAAAAUUUAGUUUUGCCUGGACUGGAUGUUGACUCCCAAGCCCCAGUCAGCCAUCCUCUUCCAACAGAGCCCCUUUGACGUCCAAUUCAAAGUCUGACCAGCAGCUUCCUGGCACCAGUCAAUUGAAUCCAAAUGUUGACAUUCACUACUACUGAAAUCUGUGAUACCGAGGUGUAGAAUCAAAGAUCAUAGAAUUGUUGAGUUGGAAGGAAACACAGGCACGCAGGGAGAAGAAAGCCAAGCAGCGGAGGGGGACGCAGGUCCCUUGGAAGAACCAGGGGCUAGCCAGCCCUUUGCCCUGCCUGAUGCUCUGGAGAUAGAAUCAGAGACAGAGAUUGGGAGACCACCCAGCCCUCGGGCGCAUAGGCGUAGGAAAAGGGCAGAGCAGACGCAGGCAGUAAGAAGGAGUUUGCGCGUGCAAAACCGGUUGGAAAAAGACACCCAGCUUAAAUAGGAGGCUGGGUCAGAGGAUGGAGUAAUGAGGCACAGCUGGACUCAGGGUGGGGUCAUACUGGCAGGGCUUGAAAAGGAGGAAGCCAACCGCUGCCCCGGUCUGGCAAUCACCUUUUGAUAUUCCUGAUGGCCAGUGCAUUCCUUAUACUGUUCCCUGCUUCUGACCUUGGACUCUCGACCCAGACUGGCUGACUGACUUCGCUAGUAUGUGAGACCCUGGCAUUCUGGACAACGGACUCAGCUCUUGGAGAGGACUGGACUUUGGCUUGGCUCUGGACUCUGUGUGAUCGGCACUGUUUGGCUUACGACCACAGCUAGCUACUGCUUGCAUUCUCAGCCAGAGAUUUAUGGCCAGGUAAUUGGACAGCAUAAUAAAACACUUCGAGAUAACGCUUCGGCUCAAGCCUCAUCUUUAAAAUGGCCCCAAGACAGAACCUUAUGGUACCCCCCCCCCCCCGGUUACUGCUCUCCAACUCGAUGUAGAGCCAUUAGUGUUAACUCUCUUGUGGUUAGCCAGCCAGUUGUAGACCCACCUUACUGUAGACAAACAAAUGUUUUUAUCACUACAGGGGAAAUUCAUGAAACAUGAGGUUUAUACUUCUGAGGUAAAUCCUACUCAGAAUAGAUCCAUUGAAAUGAAAAACUUAAAUUAUUCAUCUUUAACUAGUUUCCCAUUCCUUUCAAAGAAUGGACUCAAAUCAGGGCCGUUCAUGUUUACAUUUCUCCGCACUGGAUUCAUUUGUUAAAUGUAAAGUCAAAAUUCAACUUGGGUCUACUUAGAACGGACAUGCUGAAAUGAAUGGGAUUGGGAAUGGGAAUGGGAACAAUUCUGAAUUGUUCUCUAUGAAAAAUAAAUGUUUAUCCCCUUUUGGUAUUUUGAAUUGAAGAUGAUCCCUAAAAUCUUCCAGUGAUUUCCUAUGGCCAUUUGGAACGAACUAGUGCAUUUCAGUGACCAUUCAGUGUCCUUCUUUUCAGUAUGACCAACACAGUGGGGUGGGGGCAGGGGAGAGUGAGAAUGAAGCAAAGUUUUAUCUACCUAAGGAGCUUUAUCUACCUAGACAAUUAGCAAGCCCAGGACUGACUGGCCAAAGGGCCAAUUCAACUUCCUAGGUGCCUAAAGAUAUAGCUGAAGAUUCCAUGGCAUGGAUGCUAGUAAGGAAAGACUCAACUGCUUCAGAUGAUUAAAAUGUCUUUAACUGAUCUUGAUAAGCAACACAAAAGUUUGCUGGAUAACAAAUCUAAUAAUGCAGUGUCACCAACAAUCUCACCUUUGUAAAUUGUCUCCUCCUUGGAUAUGAUCUGAAGCUCAAUGUUAAUCUAAAAUUUCCCAACUCACAAUCCUUGGAUUUUCCAAAAAACUCUUUUAAUUUCAGGAGAUGAACCAAUUUAAAGAUGCAAAUUCUUGUGCAAAAAACAUUGCAUUUCUUUAUUCAAUUUUAAGUGUUUAUUGAUGAAAUUGUGUAUAUCUGUCCAGAACAUUUUUGUAUUCACUCUUUGGUAUAUGUUGAGUUGUGUAUCUACAGGUUCCUUAAACAUACUUACUAGUAAGUUGCACUGAACAAGAUUGGAAUUACUACAUGUAAAUAUACAAAGCAUUGUGCUAUAACUUUGAUUAGGAUCCUUCUGUACUGCUAACAAAUAUCUUUUCUGGCUUGGAACCAAAUAAAAAUCUGAAUUUAAUACCAUGA